AUGGCAAAGAUGAUAGCAAACAGAAUGAAGCCUUUACUGGAGAAUGUCAUAUCUGAAUCCCAAAGUGCUUUCAUUCCCAACAGGCUUAUUACUGAUAACAUCUUGAUUGCUGCAGAAAUAGGCCACUAUUUAAACAGGAAACAGAUUGGGAAAGUUGGAUGGGGUGCCCUCAAGUUAGACAUGGCAAAAGCUUAUGACCGAAUGGAGUGGUCCUUCCUUCGAAACAUGCUUUUAGCCCUGGGUUUUGCAGUUAACUGGGCUAAUGCCCAAGAAGCUGGGGUUAUCAAGCAAUGCCUCAAUGAGUAUGAGGAGAUGUCAGGGCAAGUUGUUAACUUUCAGAAGUCAAGUAUGUGCUUUAGCAGGAACACUUCUGUGACAGAUAGAGGGUCGGUGGCUGCGGUACUGGGAGUGUCUCAAGCCCCUAACUUUGGAAAAUACCUUGGCUUGCCUUCCUUUAUAGGAAGAAAUAAGUGGGCAGUGUUUUCUUAUGUUGAGGAUAAGAUCAGAAGCAAGAUUGGCUCAUGGAAUAAAAGAUUACUCUCGCGGGCUGGCUAUGAAUCGGUAUUGGUGGGGCUCAGGGGGGAAAUAAGGGGAUUCAUUGGAAAGCUUGGGAUCAGCUUUGGGUUCCCAAGAAAUUUGGAGGUCUGGGCUUUAAGGAUCUUAAGGCUUUUAAUUUAG